GGCGAUAUGUAUGGCGGAGGGAGGAGAAGGAGGAGAGGUCGAAGAUGCACGUGAGGAACACGGACAUGCGGCGGUAUAAUUUACGUACAGACGCGGUGGCGCGGAUCAGCUGUCUGCUUGUCUUCCUUCCAGCAUGCGAGGAACGCCCAUAUCGCCCCAAUUCUCUUCCUCUUUUUCUCUUCUCCCGCAGUCUGCUGCCCGCCGUCUCCCGGGUCGCUUACGCACCGCCAUCUCUUGCGACUGCUGGCGUUCAUGACAUCUGAGACUCAGAGGGUAGAUAACUCGACUCCCACCGCUGAGCGGCACGGCCAGACGAACGUGCCGCAGCCAUCUCAGGGCGGAAGCCCCCAGCCAGGUGAUUUGAGUGCUGCCUUUGCCUCCAUAUCUCGCCGGACUCUUCGGUACGAGCAUCAGAUCAAGGACCUCGAGGGCAAGCUGACGGUCAACAUGAGCAACUCUCGCGCCGUCCACAACCUCUUGCAGGAGGUCCUCUCCGGUCUGCACCAAAGCCAGCGCCGCGCGGACGUCGCUUCGAACACCACUGUCCCCCACAUCGAGCAGUCCCUCGCUGAGGAUCUUGACGCCCUCUCCUAUCUCGACGAGCACCUCCCCCGCGUCCAGCAGCAGGUCCACGACAUCCGGCAUGUCUACGACCGUGGUAGGGACAAGGCACAUGAAUUGAUCACCGAGCUCGAGUGGCUGAACACCCCGCUCUCCGCGCGUCUCCGCACCAUCAUCUUCACGCCGAACGCACCUGUCAGUUCUCGAGGGAAGGCGUUCAUCCGCACGCUUUUUGCUCUGGCCCUCCUGGUAUGCAUAUGGAUAACGUGGAUCACUCUGCGCGGUGCCGUCAGGGCUCACCGUCAGCGCCUCGUCUGGGGCGAACGCCUGAUGAGCUGACACUGCCGGGAUCUCAUCGGACGCACGCGAUACAUGAUGUCUACAGUUGGACGUCGCCCCGAUACUUCGCUUCCCGAACAUGGUCUUUCCCUAACUUGUGCAAUUAGCUCAUCGCACGGUCCACUGCUCCAUCUGGCUUGAUGCCCUACCGUCGCUCUAUGGGAUCCUAGUG